AUGGGGUCACAUCAAGAUACCGAGGCCCGUAGCCGUAAUGAUCUCGAUGACGAGGCUCUGGGAAGCCAUUUACUCUCAUCACGAGAAAUGCCCAAUCUAAAACUUCCAGUCACAACAUCCAAGAUUGGAUAUGGCCAAAGCAAUCCCACUUACUACCUGGAUGACGCUGCCGGAGUAAGAUACAUCUUGAGAAAGAAGCCUGUUGGGAAGGCCAUCAGCCCGGUUGCCCACCAGGUAGAUCGCGAGUUCAGAGUAUUGAAAGCUUUGGGAUCCGUUGAAGGGUUUCCAGUUCCCAGGGUGUUCACAUUGUGCAAUGACAGCUCUAUUAUUGGCACCCCAUUCUACGUCAUGGAAUUCGUCAAAGGGAGAAUCAUCACGGAUACGGACAUGGAAGAGCUUUCUCCAGAUGAAAGACGGCAGGCAUGGUUCUCCGCGAUCGAGACUCUGGCUUGGCUUCAUUCACUGGAUCCAGACAAGAUUGGACUUGAGGGUUACGGCAAGAAGACGGGAUUCUAUGCUCGACACUGCGCCACGUGGAGUCGCAUUGAGUUGCAGCAAGCUGCUGUCAAGCAUGUAAAGACUGGAAAACCCUUGGGUCGAGCUCAUAAGAGGUAUGACGAAGUGGUAAGAUAUGUGCGAGAGAACGUACCAAAAGCGGAUGAAUUGCUAACAGCUUCCUGCCAAAAGGUCCUUCACCCAACUGAGCCAAGAGUUAUUGCUAUUCUCGACUGGGAACUGUCCACCAUCGGCCAUCCACUUAUGGACCUCGUCUUCUGCAUAAGUCCUUUCUUCUCUGACUAUACCAAGAGUGGAAAAUCGUCCCUGUCAUUCCAGGACUCCCCAUACAAGCUAGGACAUCGAGCAAGGUCGGGUAUUCCUGAGCCAGAUGAACUUCUGGCCCGCUAUGCGGAGAUUGUGGGGUUCGAAAUGCGCCAAGAUAACCGAGGUAAAGACUGGGAUACCGCGAUAAUCUUUCACUACCUUCGAGGAGCAACUAUAGCUCACGGAAUCCAAGCAAGAUCUAUUAUUGGACAGUCCAGUAGUAGCUUCAGUCAUCUCUAUUUCUCAAAGACUAGGCAGGCGAUUGAAGCAGCUCUGCGCCGUAUUGAAUCCCUGAAGGAUCAGCAAACAUCAGAAAGCAAGCUUUAG